UCAAACGGGUGUUCUUCAUUUUACCUUUGCAAAAACGUUAAAAAAGCUCUCGCUUUGACAGUGGAAUCCUCCAAUUCUCGUCGACUCCAAUCAUUUUGACGACACUGUCACUCACGCCUGAUUUUGUAACCCGACCCACCUAUAUAAUUCUCUUACUCCCUUCCUCCACCGGCCGCUUCCUCUCUUUUUUUCUUGCAGAAAAUUCUUUAGAAUUGCUCUCAAUUUUUCCAUUUAACCCAACUUUGGCGCCCCCAUAAACCCUUUUUAUCGCGUACUCUCUAAUACUUGUAUUGAUUUCUAGUUUGUGUAUCUGCUAUUGUUCGUUGCUUGGGUUUCUAAUCGCUGGAUAUGGCGGCGACUGCAUCGUGGCAACCCCAGGAAAAUGGGUUCAACGAGAUCUGCGGCGUGCUCGAGCAGCAGAUUUCCCCUUCCUCAAAUGCUGAUAAGUCCCAGAUUUGGCAACAACUUCAGCAAUACUCUCAGUUUCCUGACUUCAAUAAUUACCUCGCUUUUAUUCUUGCACGCGCCGAGGGUAAAUCAGUUGAAGUUCGACAAGCUGCAGGCCUGCUUCUGAAAAACAACCUUAGAACUGCAUACAAGUCGAUGACUCCUGCCUACCAGCAAUAUAUUAAAUCCGAAUUGUUGCCUUGUAUGGGAGCAGCAGAUAGGCAUAUCAGGUCUACCGCUGGGACCAUCAUCAGUGUUGUUGUUCAACUAGGGGGAAUAUUGGGGUGGCCCGAGUUGUUGCAAGCACUUGUAAGAUGCUUAGACAGUAAAGACCAGAAUCAUAUGGAAGGUGCUAUGGAUGCUUUGUCCAAGAUUUGCGAAGACAUACCUCAAGUUCUUGAUUCAGAUGUACCCGGGUUACCUGAACGCCCAAUCAAUAUAUUUCUUCAUAGAUUAUUUCAGUUUUUUCAGUCCCCACAUGCUUCAUUGAGGAAACUUUCCUUGAGUUCUGUGAAUCAAUACAUUAUGCUGAUGCCCACUGCUCUCUAUAUAUCCAUGGACCAGUAUCUUCAGGGUCUAUUUGUUCUUGCUCAUGACCCUACAUCAGAAGUGCGAAAGCUGGUUUGUCAAGCAUUUGUGCAGCUGAUUGAAGUACGCCCAACUUUCUUGGAGCCACACCUGCGGAAUGUAAUAGAAUACAUGUUGCAAGUCAAUAAGGAUGCUGAUGAGGAAGUCUCACUAGAAGCCUGUGAAUUUUGGUCUGCAUAUUGUGAUGCCCAGUUACCUCCUGAGAACUUGAGAGAGUUCUUGCCACGUUUAAUUCCAGCAUUAUUGUCAAACAUGGUUUAUGCUGAUGACGAUGAAUCACUUCUUGAAGCUGAGGAAGAUGGAUCUCUUCCAGACAGGGAGCAGGAUCUAAAACCCCGUUUCCAUUCUUCAAGAUUACAUGGAUCGGAUAAUGCAGAAGAUGAUGAUGAUGACAUUGUAAAUAUAUGGAACUUGCGCAAAUGCAGUGCUGCAGCUCUUGAUAUUCUCUCCAAUGUGUUUGGGGAUGAAAUUCUUCCUAUAUUGAUGCCCAUUGUUGAGGUCAAUUUGUCCGCAAAUGGUGAUGAAGCCUGGAAAGAAAGGGAAGCUGCUGUACUGGCUCUUGGUGCCAUAGCUGAAGGGUGCAUUAGUGGCCUAUAUCCUAUUCUGCCUGAGAUUGUCACGUUUCUCAUCCCCCUUUUAGAUGAUAAAUUUCCUCUAAUAAGGAGUAUAUCUUGUUGGACACUUUCUCGUUUCAGCAAGUUCAUUGUGCAGGGCAUUGGAAAUCAGAAAGGUUAUGAACAAUUUGAUAAGGUUCUCAUGGGUCUUUUACGAAGAUUAUUGGACAAUAACAAGAGGGUGCAAGAAGCUGCUUGUUCUGCUUUUGCAACGCUGGAGGAGGAAGCUGCAGAGGAGUUGGCACCACAUUUGGAAAAUAUAUUACAGCACCUGAUAUGUGCUUUUGGAAAAUAUCAGAGACGGAAUCUACGGAUAGUCUAUGAUGCUAUUGGAACUCUAGCAGAUGCUGUUGGAGGGGAGCUAAAUCAGCCUGCUUAUCUUGAUAUUCUGAUGCCGCCAUUAAUCACCAAAUGGCAGCAACUUUCAAACUCAGACAAAGAUCUCUUUCCAUUGCUGGAGUGCUUCACAUCUAUAGCGCAGGCUUUGGGGACUGGAUUUGCCCAAUUUGCUCAGCCUGUGUAUCAGAGGUGCAUUAGCAUCAUCCAGACCCAACAAAUGGCAAAGGUUGAUCCCGUUUCUGCUGGGGUUCAGUAUGAUAAAGAGUUUAUUGUAUGCUGUCUUGAUCUUCUGUCAGGACUUGCAGAGGGUCUUGGAAGUGGGAUAGAAAGCUUGGUUUCUCAAAGCAACCUGAGAGACUUGCUCCUGCAAUGUUGCAUGGAUGAAGCUUCUGAUGUCCGACAGAGUGCCUUUGCUUUGCUUGGGGACCUUGGAAGAGUAUGCCAUGUCCAUCUGCAACCACGUUUGUCAGAAUUUCUUACUGCUGCGGCAAAGCAACUGGACACUCCUAAGCUGAAGGAAACUGUUUCUGUGGCAAACAAUGCCUGCUGGGCGAUUGGCGAAUUAGCUGUUAAGGUACACCAAGAAAUUUCUCCAGUUGUUAUGACCGUGAUUUCAAGCUUAGUCCCAAUUCUUCAACAUGCAAAGGAGCUAAAUAAAUCUCUGGUGGAAAAUAGUGCAAUUACACUUGGAAGGAUUGCAUGGGUUUGUCCUCAACAAGUGUCACCACAUAUGGAACAUUUCAUGCAACCGUGGUGCACCGCUUUAUCCAUGAUACAUGAUGAUGUAGAAAAGGAAGAUGCUUUCCGAGGUCUUUGUGCUCUGGCUAAAUCGAAUCCGUCUGGGGCACUAAGUUCGCUUGCUCAUAUGUGCAAAGCCAUUGCCAGUUGGCAUGAAAUAAGGAGUCAAGAUCUUCAUAAUGAAGUAUGCCUCGUUCUGCAGGGCUAUAAACAGAUGCUGAGAAAUGGUGGGUGGGACCAAUGUAUUUCUUCUCUAGAACCUUAUGUGAAGGACAGCUUAUCAAAAUAUCAAGUAUAGGCUGAUGUUCAUCAAGCAUUCUUCUCAAGUAUAUGCUUCAAAUUCUGUCUUGAAACCGAUGGUCGUUUGUACAUCGUCUGUGUGUCGCUCUUGUGAUUGAUUGGAGAAACAUCAAGUUUUAGUAGUAGUCUCAGGAAAACCCCAAGUUGCUGAACUUGUUGUUGACUUGAAGCUUGAAGAUAAUUGCACAUCCUCAAGGUUUUAUACAGUUUUGACUUGGUUGAGACAGCACUUUGAAAUGAAGCAGCUGAAGUGGGGGCAAUGUUGUACAGGGGAUGUGUUGAGAUAGUGUGGUGCCCUUAUAGUUCCCAAUCCCUUUCCUUUCAUUGUGAUAUUUUUGAGUACCCUUUCAGUCUGGAUUCGGUAUAUCGAUUUUGGGGCGUCGGUUUGCCUUACACAAGUUAUAUGGGUAGAGUCGAGCACAUUUUUUUUCUUUCCUUUUAAAUUUUAUCAUUUUGGUCCUAUGAAUUUUCCAUUGAUGAAUAGGACUAUAGGUUAUUAUGAAGGUUAGAGCUGAGGUAUUCUUGCUACAUUUAGCAGUUGUGGCGAUUUGGGAUUUUUUGUUUUUUGUUUUUGGAAGCAAUAAGGAGUUGUUAUGUACUUUAUUAAACCAUAUCUUGUUUGUAUUAGAACUUCCUUUCCUUUGUGGCCAUGGCCAUUAUCUUCACUAAUCAGUUCUUUAAGUCUUAGAUAAUUGCUAAGGAUGUUGUAAAUCUUUGGGCUUUAGUGAUUGCUUAUUCUUUGGAUUAAA